AGCAAAACAUUUUUUGGGGAUUUUGUGAAAACCCUUAUUCUCCUUGAUUCGCAUCGUAUGCUUGUUAUUCAAUCCUUUCUUUCACUUUUACCUGCGAAAAAUGGUUUACCUUAAUAUAUUGCUCGGACUAGGCGUCGUGUUGGUGUCAGCUGCCGCUGCCAUCUACUUUAGCCAACCAAGUUACCAGCAAACGCCGCCUUAUCGCCAUCGCCGCCGCAACGACGAGGAAGAUGAUGCUGGGUCUUUCUGUAGCGAUACAAAAAAGCGACGAAACUUAGGCCAACAGCAAAUGCGCGGCAGCAAGCCGGGCGACAAGUGCUCCGUGUGUCUUGAUGAAAUGGCGGUGGAGAACAUACACAAAAUGGAGUGUGGACAUGCAUUGCAUAACGAGUGCUUCGAGGAAUAUCGCUACUUGCGCAGGAACUGCCCACUAUGCAGCCAGACUGUAAAUCCCAGCCUCCCCGGCGACAACUGCACAAUCUGCCUGGACCCACUCAAUAGGAAUGACAUGGUGUUCCUUCGUUGUCAGCACGCUAUGCACCAACUCUGCUACGAGCAGUUCAUUGAUAGUGGAGCUAAAGUGUGUUCGCUUUGCAGGAAGGGACUCUAGGAAUCCGCGAAAGCAAGCACAAAGACCGAAAAACAGGCUCAACAGUGAAACCCGAGAACCCUCGGCCUUGAUCUUUAAAAGACAAAAGCGAUAAGCAAUCAAAGCAAGUCUGUCUUAGCGUUUAAUUGUCAUACUCUUUUUCUAAAUAAACAACACAAAAUGCCUUA